AUGGUCAAAGCCUCUCUUCCCGGCUCCGACUCCGAAUCCGUAGAUUAUCCAGCUACACUUACGCAGUAUCAAGCCUCUGAAGCGUCGGGCGUAGCCGCCAUGCAGAAAUUGGUACAGGCGUAUGCGGAAAAGUGUCCCGGGAGUAAGAUGGCAGUGAUGGGGUAUUCGCAGGGUGCGCAGGUGGCGGCGGAUGUUAUGUGUGGGACUUCUGAAACGGGGUUUGCUGGGAAUCCUCAGGCGUUGUCGGCGAAUAUUAGUAGUAAUGUCGUGGCAAUGGUUCUAAUGGGCGAUCCAUCCCACGUCCCAGCCGAAACAUUCAACGCCGGUACCGCCAAGAACAAUGGACUUUUUACCCGUCAAAAUAUUGCCGCCUGUCCUGCCGAGAAAACAGUCUCUUAUUGUGACGAUCAAGAUGAAUUCUGCGACUCCGGCAACUCCCUCCAAGUCCACCUCUCCUACGUCACCACCUACGGAACCGCCGCCGCGAAAUUCAUCACCGAUAAAAUGUCGGCGAAACCACCUCCUCCACUUCCACCUCUUCCACCUCCACAAACGGAACCGCAAAUGCACAAAGCGCGCAGAGUCUUACGCGCGCGGCUACUACUACUAGUACGAAUGAUGUCGCAAAGAUGA